AUGUGUGACCAUAUUUGCGAUCUCCAAGAGAAAUUCGCCAAAGCGAUAUACGAGUAUCCGAAAGUGAUUCAGACCACACAGAAGUUGUUAAAAGCAAGUCAAAUACUAGAUUGGCCAGUGUUCGCCACGACGCAGUUGCGGGCAAAGCUGGGAGAGUCCUCUGCUGAGCUGGGCUUGGACAGCCCAGGUGGCGUGCAGACAAAGGUCCAUGCAGAUAAGAGUGCUUUCAGCAUGUGGACGCCAGAGGUGCAGACGGCGUUCAAAGAUCUCGGCAGUGAGAAGCGUGAGUGCAUAAUCGUGGGAAUUGAAUCGCAUAUUUGUGUGACCCAGACCACCUUGGAUCUUCUCCGUGAAGGCCAUAGGGUUUAUAUCAUUGCAGACGCAGUCUCGUCUUGCAAUGCGCAGGAGAUUCCGAUUGCUCUCCGAAGACUUGCGGGUGAGGGAGCGGUGGUCACGAGCUCUGAGAGCUUCAUGUACGAGUGCAUGGGCGACGCAUCGAUUCCAGAAUUCAAGCAGAUGUCAAGUCUGGUGAAAGAAUACUCUUCCAAGACGAAGGAGAGCCUGCAGGCACUGUGCAAGUUCUAG